AUGCCUCCAAAACCAGUAACCCCAGGAAAGAAAGGCGAGAAGAAAGCCGGUAAGAAGGCCGCUUUGGGAGAUAAGAAGAAGAGAAGGUCCAAAAGAAAGGAAUCCUAUGCCAUCUACAUUUACAAGGUCAUGAAGCAGGUCCAUCCUGACACUGGUAUCUCCAGUAAAGCCAUGAGCAUCAUGAACUCCUUUGUCAACGAUGUCUUCGAGCGCAUCGCUGGUGAAGCUUCCCGUCUUGCUCACUACAACAAGAAAUCCACCAUCACAUCUCGGGAAAUCCAGACGGCUGUUCGUCUUCUUCUCCCUGGUGAGCUGGCUAAGCACGCAGUCAGUGAAGGCACCAAGGCUGUCACCAAGUACACCAGCAGCAAGUAAACAGUYCUAAACUGU